UAUAGUUGUGUGCUCUUUAUAAAAUCUGAAUGAUUUUUUUUAAUAUCAAAUCCAUUGGACUUGUUUGGUUAAAUCUAAACAGUACGAAAUUUGACAGCAGCAGUUUCUAAAAUGAGACUAUAUACAAAACACAAAAGCUGUUCAAAAUGUAUCACUUUGUGUCUUUUGUCAUUACUGUCACUAAAUUUAAUACAACUGUAUUUGUCUUUUAAUGUCGAAACGAAACCAGUUGUAACAUACAGUUUGCAAAGGAAUUAUAACACAAACGUUUCAAAGAAUAUUCUUAUAUGGACACCAUUCCUAUCGGACAAUAUUAAAGAAAGUUUUGAAAAGUGCCAGUCAGGCUGCAAGGAUACGUGCCAUUUUACAGUGAAUAAGAGUGAAAUUACUACAGCCAAUGCCGUUUUAUUUAACAAUUUUAAUCUUUUUCCUAAAUGGGAAAUCGAAACAAAAACAACUAUAGCCUUUCCAAACUACCGUCGACCUGACCAGGUAUGGGUCCUUUUUAAUAUGGAACCACCUGGUAACAUGUACUGGGAUACUGAAGUUUUAAACGGAGUGUUCAACUGGACUGCAUGGUACAGACAGGAUGCCACACUUUGGUUGCCGUACGGCUCAAAAUAUGUACUGAAUCGAUCCGAAAGUAAUGCAGCUCUAGCAAUUUUCGGAAAUAGAAAUUUUCAUAAAGAGAAAACAGAGGAAGUUGCUGGAAUGAUAUCUAACUGUAUAGAUCAAGCACAACGGUACAAGAUAGUCUAUAAAAUUCAAAAAUAUCUAGCAACAGAUAUGUACGGAAAGUGUUAUGGCAAACCCUGUGAUGAACGUGCCAUGCAAGCUAAAAAUAAAAGUUGUGAUGCUAUUUUAAAACAGUAUAAAUUCUACCUGGCGUUUGAGAACUCUUUGUGUAAUGAUUACGUUACAGAAAAAUACUGGAAUGCUUUGAAGCGGGAACAGAUUCCUAUAGUUAACUGGAAGAAUAUUAGUGAAAACAUUGUCAUACCAAAUUCGUAUAUAAAUGUUUACGACUUCAAAGACAUAAAAUCAUUGGCAAACUAUGUGAAAAAAGUGAGUUCAAAUGCAACUUUAUACAAUAGUUAUUUUCAGUGGAAGACCAAGUAUAAAGACCGAGGCUCGUGCAUUUCGUGUAGUUUGUGUCAUACACUAAAUCGCAAAAAUUUCCAAAGACAGAUUUACUCGAACAUUGGCGACUGGAUCGGAGAUGAUAUAUGCCCAAAAGUUACCGUUGUAAACAACUGGUUACAACACUUAUACUGGCGGUUGUUUUGGUCUUUUGGGAUAAAUAUAUCAUUAUGAUCAUGUAUUACAUUAAACUUUAUUCGUACAAAACUUCAAUUGAUAGUUAAGUGGAUACAUAUAUGUUUAGUAGUGUGAUAUCUGUACAUUUCUUGUGUCAUAUCUUUGAAGUUUCCUCAAAAUCACUUGAAUGUCACUUUAUUGUAAGAUACACUAAAGAUAACAGGAUCUUAAAAAGCUUGAAGAAGCUGAUACUAAUCUACGCAAUGAUAAAGAACAGGACGAAGGCUGUGACCUGGACUGUAAGUAGUAGACAAAGUGUCGUCAAUCAAUGACUGUGCAAAACCUUUAGAUUGUUUUAUAUAAUUUUAUAGUUAAAUAAAUAUUUCUUCAUCUUCUUCUGGUAAGCUCAUUAUUGCCUAAAAGGUUUCUUAAAAUGCCACCCUCUUUGAAAGGUUGAAUAUUCUCUUAUUAUUUCAAGCUAUACAUACACAUCGUUUCACCAGUUAAAUGCUUUUUCUUCAACUGACUGUUUAAAAUGCAUGAGGGUUCUGAAAUCCGAAUAUACAAAUUAGUGACUUAAGUCAACUGGAAAAAUCCCCAACCAAAGAACGCUGACGCACCAGUAACAACACUAGGAUAGACAAAAAUGUAGAAUGCAUUCUGUGAAAGAUGUUAUAUCAAGUUCAAGAUCGUUCAAUUUGUUCAACAGAAUUAUUCAAAACUGUUCAGUUUUUGAAGAAUUUUCAACAAUAUUGUUAAAAAUUGUCCGACAAGAUUGUUCAACAAAAUUGCUCAAAACAUGUCUAUGAUGCUUCAAAAUUGUCGUGAUUUUGAAUACGGUUCAGCUCUGCUAACUACUGUAUAAUCCCCAUUAUUUUAAAGAUCGUUCGGAAUAUUUUGUGCAACAACCUUAAGCUUCUUAAAGGUAAUAUCUGACAAUAAACCACUUUGUCUUGGAAUAUUCUCCUGUCAGAAAGUGAUUCUAUUUCAAGAAGAGUACUACAUCUUUAUACAGUUUUUGAUUUCUACCAACAUCAUGCGGAAAUCCUUCUAAUGUCCGGUGUUCAUAUUCCAUGCAGAUAUUAAAAUGAAGAAACGUACUCUUAAUAAAUAAUUACCAUGUAAAACAGGUAGAAUAAUUUUAAAGAAACCGUUUUAAAUUUAAAUGGAUGUGUUUUGACUGAAACAAGUACCCUUGAAUCUGAUAAUAAAAGUAAUAUUAUUUGUUUGUUUGUGUCAAAUGCCGUCUUGGCUUGAAAAACGUUUAAUAAUGUUAAAUAAUGUAAUCUAACUUUGUAUUCUUGAACGGCACUAAUGCAAAGGCCAUUACUAUUGUUUUAUCUGGGCCAAAAUGUAGUAGCCAUCGUUUUGCAGAAUCAUGUACACAUGUAUGAACGUUAUUUAUAUUAAAUGUUAAAAGAAGAGCUGCACGUGAAUUUUCUUCAGCGAAACAAAUUAAGUAUAAUUAAGUAUGUUAAACAUAGAUAAUCACCUUAAAGUUUACGAGGGCUCCUAUUGUAGGCCUAAAGUCUUACCUUUUUUGAUUUUUAUAAAUGUGUAUCCAGUGCAAUAAAUAAAAAUUUAUUUUCACGUAUU